AUGUCAUGUGAUGCAGAAUACUUUUCUACGUCGGGAACAGCGCCACAAUUGUUUGCAUCAGCACUAAACUUUCUUGCUGCAACACAAUGCAUUGUUCCCAAUAAGACAGACCCAUACGACGAAAUACCUGAUAUUGAUACAUUUGAUUUUAUAAUUGUGGGGUCCGGAUCAGCUGGUAGUGUUGUAGCAAACAGGCUGAGUGAAAUAGAGACGUGGAAAGUGUUGCUUCUUGAAGCUGGACCUGAGCCACCUAUUGAAUCUGAUAUACCUUCAUUAGGUACUACCCUGUUUCAAAGCAAAUACGAUUGGCAAUAUACUACUAAAAGUAACGGCGAUAAACAGCAAGGGUGGAGAAAUGGUGCACUAUCAUGGCCCCGUGGGAAAAUGCUUGGUGGUUCCAGUUCUAUGAAUUCUAUGGUAUACAUGAAAGGAAGAGAUCAUGACUACCAGUGUUGGGACAAUGAACAAAAUUCUAACUGGUCAAAGGAAAAAGUAGACUACUACUUUAAAAAAGCAGAAAACUUCCAAGAUAUGAAACUUAACAAAAACCCUGUAGUAUACCAAACCUAUGGACAUUCAGGUCCGCUUGUAGUUAACAGUUUGAAUAGCACGUACAAAGAAAUAACUGAGAAUUUAAAAGAGUCUUGGAACCAUCUUGGAAUCAAAAGUGUACCUGAUAUCAAUGCUGCUAAGUAUCGAGGAUAUGGUUUGUCUGGAAUAGCGAGAGUUACUGCACAAAAUGGACACAGAGAAAGUACUUACAGAGCUUAUUUGAAACCCAUGAUAAAUAGGAAAAACAUGAAAAUUAUUACAAAUGCUUUCGUCACGAAAAUAUUAAUUGAUGAUAAUACAUCACCACCUCAAGCAUAUGGCGUCGAAGUAGAAAUAGGUGGUCAAACAAUAAAAUUGUAUUCAAACUAUGAAGUUAUUCUCAGUACUGGAACUAUAAACACUCCUCAAAUAUUAAUGUUAUCUGGAAUUGGACCAAAAGAACACCUGUUGUCUAAAAAUAUUUCUUGUAUAGUAGACUUAGCGAGUGUUGGUAAAAAUUUGCAAGAUCAUCUCUAUGUCCCUAUACCAAUAUAUGGAGAUAAACCAGGAAUAGAAGACACGACUGAAGAAAUGUUCAGUUAUGCAAAAUACCUGUAUAAUAAAACAGGAGCCCGAGAUGUUAAUAAAAUAGUUGACGGUAUUAAAAUGGUCACUAAAUUAGUGAAUACUCCAUAUUUCAAAACUAUUAACGCGUUUAUUCCUAAAAUAGAUAUACCAGAAUGUAAUCAAUAUGAAUUCCAAAGCGACCUUUAUUGGAAAUGCUAUUCUCUACAAAUAUCUGGUACUAUUUUUCAUCCUGUAGGUACAGCCAGAAUGGGUUUUGAUCCAGAAGAUUCAGUAGUAGACAAGUUUUUAAAAGUUCACGGGAUAAUUACAAGCGCGUCGGAGAUUUGA